AUAUUAUCUCAUACAGAAAUCAAGUCCUCAUCAGUAUCUACAUCCAUUAACUCUUUUCGUCCGACUCCUUUUGGAAUCUCAACCUCUUUGAAGUGAUCAUUAUCCGAUUGCCUGCCAUUAUGCAUGCUAAGCAGAUUCUCCGGCGAGGAAGUUUGUUGGCUUGUAAAGCAGAUUUAAUACAUGCUGGUGUUCCAAAAGGCUUCUUACCGGUGUAUGUGGGAGAAUGUAGUGAAAAGAAGAGAUACAUGGUUCCAGUUUCUGUCUUGAGUCAGCCAUCAUUUCAAGAGUUGCUGAGUAAGGCAGAGGAAGAAUAUGGAUUCGACCAUCCAAUGGGUGGACUCACAAUUCCUUGCCGAGAAGAAACCUUCAUUGAUCUCACUUCUCGCUUGAAGGGGCUGUAACUCAUGGUUGUACAUUAGAUAUAACUUGCUUAGAGAAAUAUUUUGUACACACUGUAUAUAAGGAGGAAUUUGCAGAGAGAAAUCUUUGACACUGUACAUUUUACA